AUGGGCCUAAUAGAACAACUGCAGGAGCAAGGAUGGUACGUGACGGAGCCGGGGCUGGAAAAGUUGCUGGAAGGCGGUGGUGACAAGAACGGGCGGCUAGUUAAUCCCGAUGUGAAGCAAGUUGUGAAAUUGGCACUGAAUACGGAUUUGCGGGAGUUCGGUGGCGGUAGCCUCGGUUCCCUGUCGAGCCGUAGUAGCGCAAAGACGGACAGUUUCACUGGCACCGGUGUGGUGCAACUCGUCAAGCUCCGCAAUUUGGGUGCACCGAAGGUGAACGAAGAAUCGAAGGUGGCGCCGCGUUUGCUGAAGCUCACUAUCACCGACGGGCAGACGCAGUAUGUGGCGCUUGAGCACGAGCACAUCCCCGCCCUCAGCCUCAACACGCCGCCCGGCACAAAGCUGCUCCUUAGGAACGGACCUAUCCGGAUCGUGCAGGGUGUGAUGCUGCUGAGCGACAAACAUCUCACCGUCCUCGGCGGCCAGGUGACUGCACUGGUGGAAAAGUGGGAACUGAGCCGCACGAUGGCAAAGUACGCGAAAGGCGGUCGGCUGCAGUUCAGCUCGUCGGGCCCCCCGCCGUGGAUAGCUUUCGGGCAGAAGAUUCAGCAACCGGCCGCCGCGAACGACAAGGACUUUAAAAGUCUGCCAUCGAAGGAGAAGGAAGAGUCGAAGGAAAACAGCGAGUUCAAUGCGCAGCGCAACGAUGCGAUCGCGGAAGCGACCAAGCUGGGCACGAAGAAAACGUUCGGCGGUGGCAGCAAGCAGAUGGUGGACGCGAAUGUGCAGAAAAUCAUGGACAAGGGCUUUUCCGAAGAGCAGGCCACCCAUGCGCUCAAGCUGACGCGCAACAACGUUCAGCGGGCGUUGAGCAACCUACAACGGAUCGAGGAUCGCAAGCAGCACCACGCUGCGCAGGCACAGGAAGCCGGUGGCCCGCUGGGUGGUGGUGGAAAGUUGGAGUCGGGCGGCUUCGGUAAAUCCGGUGGACGGCGUGGCGCCGGGAAGCGAGAAGCGGCCGAGCUCGAGCUGCAAUCGAAACCGUCCGGGAAGGUUUCGCUAUCCGAUUACCUGGGCGAUAUUCUUCAGGACAGCGAACCAUCGGUUGCUCCUGCUGGGGGCAGCAAGAAGGCAAGCAAAGAAUCGACACCGAACGAUAUACAUCACAAAGGUGGCGGCGGCGGCCGAGGCGAAAGCAAUGGCCGGCCGGAGCCGGGUGGUAAUCGAGGGGGUGCUAGAAACAGUCGCCAGGAAUCGUCACAAAAUCGCAAUGGCAUUCAGUCCAGUGCGGGCGGAAAUCGGAACGCCAACUCGGAUGCCAACCAUGGGGGUGGUGGUGGUGUGGGCGGUGCCGGAGCCGUUGGCGGUGGCAAGCAGCACAAUCAGCAACGGUUUGAAAAUAACAUUUCGAGCAGUUUUGCAAAUCGCAACACAUCGACCGCUCCGGGAAAUAGCUCGUCUGGCAACAGUCGAGGUCAGAAUCAUCACCAGCAACAGCAAGGACACCACCAAGGUGGGAGCCAGCGCGAUGGUCAGGGAAACUUUAAACAGUCGGAUUAUGCCGGUUCCGGCAGUGGACGGUACCGGGGAGGUGGCAACGAGACCCAGUCUUCCGCGAACCACAACCAUCAAGCAUCGGCAGGAACAUCCAACAAUCCUAGUUCCAGCUCACGCGAAGGCGGAUCGUCGCGCCGGAAUGACGCCAAGUACAAUCAACAACAUCAAUCUUCCUCCUCGGGCGCCGGGUACAACGCUCAGCAGCAGCAGCGUCAAGAUGGGUAUAAUAAUAACACUACCAACAGCAACAGUGCUUCCGGAAACACCGGAUCCGGUGGAAAGUAUGGUAAGGGACAGUCCCACCACUCCAAUUACGGGCCGUCUGAGGGACGAAAUCACGAGAAUCGCACGGGUGGCGGCAAAGGGGGAGCAGGAGGUGCUUCGAGCACAGCAAACUCUCAUCAACACCAUGCGCCAGCGGCGUCAAACUAUGGGAAUGGUCCAAAGCAGUCCGGCAGCUACGGCAAUCAGCAACAGCAACAGCAGCAAGGAGGAGCAAACGCUCACUACGGUCAGCAGGGCAGUAGUAGCAACGCCAACAACAAUUAUGCCGGUGGCACCAACAAUGGCACGGCGAAGAACUCCAAUAAAUCGGGGCGUUACGGAGGAAAGGAUGAAUCUAACAAAUACUCUGCUGGCCCUGCACCUUCGAACGCGGCCGGAACACAGCAUCCUCCGAAGAAAGGAAAGGGAAGCCAAUCAGUCCAAUCCCAAGGACAUCCGGGACAAUCCAUUGCACCGUUCGCCAACACCAGCAGUAGCAGCAACAGCAACGCCAACCACAAACCAGCAUCUCAAACGGCCAACAACAGCAACAGCAGCAAAAUCAAUCAUCUGACCGACGAUGUGGCGACCAUGCAAAUUUUGACCGGAAAACCGGCCGGAUUCGCCACCUCCAACACUGGUGCCGCUACUUCAUCGAACGUGCCGGCCGCGUCUUCUGCGCCGACCAAACUCGGACCGCUGAAAACGAUGUCUACCCACCCGCCUGGGACAAUCGUCCAGCAUGGACCGCCACCGAUGGCUGCAUCCCCGGCCACCACAAUGCCAGUGCCGGGGCCGCGUGUGACACCGCCCGGUAUUCCGGUUGCCGGUCCUGGUCCGGGUAGUAGCAGCGCUGCGGCCGGUGGUCCGGUGGUCACUGGUGGUGUGCCGAAAAGUUUCAUCCAGCUUCCGAAUGGCUACAGCUACAACCCGUACCAGAUUAUGGGUUUCCAGAACAAACAGUCCAACGAGUUCGCCCUGAGCGUGCUGAAGAACCACCAACAGUUCGAACAGAUGCAAGCGUCACACCUAGGGGCUUCCCAGGUAGCGGCCGCACCCGCCACGGUAUCGCCCGGUGUGCCGUUGGGUGCCACUACCCCGAACAACGUCCUGGCGCCGCCAAUGAUGUCGGCCGCACCGGCAACCGGUCCGGUGGCAUCACCCGGCAUGGCGAUCGCCCCGGUGCCAGCCGGCACCAUGGCGCCCAUGUAUCUGAACUGGAAAAUUGGCGAUCGCUGCAUGGCCAAGUACUGGGAGGAUGGUGGUUUUUACACGGCGGAGAUCACCAACACGACGAAAAAUACGUUCGUGGUGCACUUUCUGGAGUACGGCAACUUUGAGGAGGUACUGAAAACGGACUGUAUUCCGCUGGCUCAGGCGACUACUCCGGUCGCGCAGGCACCGAUGGGCCUUGGCUUCCAUGCCGCGACGACGUCACACCUUGCCCCACCACCGCAACCGGCACCCGUGCCCGGUCCACCGGUGCAGUACGCUCCCCAUCAUCCGCAUCAUCCGCACCAUCACGGUCACGUUCCGCCGCAUCAUGCACCACCACCGAUGGCAGCCGCCGGACCGGGUGCGUACCCUGCUCCGAUGCAGGAUGAUGGUGUGGUGCAUCAGCCCUCUCACUAUGUGUCCUACAAACCCGGACCGCAUCCACCGCCGAUCGCUUCACCGGUGCCAGCGCCAGUCCCGCAGUCGCUGCCACCGACGGUGGCAAUGAAUCAGUAUCAACCGGCACCGCACCAUAUGCACCACACGCAACAGCUACCACACCAGCAGCAGCAGCAGCAACAGCCACAACAACAUCAGCAGCACAUGCAUCACCAGCCGCAGCAACAACAACCGCAACAGGCACAGGCUCACAUGUCCCAGCACCAGCACCAUCAGUCCCAAAUGGGCGGGCACGGAUGCCAACCGCAGCAGCAGCUACAACAACAGCAGCAGCAGCAGCGUGGCGGCACCAAGUUCCGGGAGCAGCGGCCCAUGUACGUGCCACCGGCGCAACGCAAGUAA